CAAAAUUAAAUUUUUAUUUAUUCUCUUCUAUUUUAUUUUAUUUUAUUACAUGUCAACAUCAUAUCCUACAAAAAUAGAAAGGACAUUAAAAGGUCAUAAAGGACCUGUUAAUGCAGUUCGAUAUAAUACAAAUGGCCAGUACUGCCUAUCAGGGGGUCGAGAUCGUACAGUUCGAUUAUGGAAUUCAGCUACAGGUUUAAUGCUUCACACCUAUAAUGGACAUGGCCGCGAUGUAUUGGGUCUAGCAGUAUCUAAUGAUAAUGCAAAAAUUGCAAGUUGCGGUGUAGACCGAUCUAUUUUAUUAUGGGACGUUAGUUCUGGUGAAAUAUUAAGAAGAUAUACAGCUCAUUGGGAGAGAGUAAAUUCAGUUGACUUUAAUGAUGAUUCAACGGUUUUAGUAAGUGGAUCAUUCGAUGCAACAAUACGUUUAUGGGAUUUACGUUCUUCAAAUUUUCAACCUAUUCAAGUAAUUGAAGAUUGUAAGGAUAGUGUCAUGUCUGUAGAAGUAAAAGGUGUAGAAAUAGUAGCAAGUUGUGCAGAUGGAAAAUUACGUACUUAUGAUUUAAGAAAAGGAGAAUUAAAAGAAGAUUAUAUUGGACCAGCUAUUACUUCAGCCAGAUUAUCAAAGGAUAAAAAUUGUAUAUUAGUAAAUUCACUUGAUAACAAAAUGAGAUUAAUGGAUAAAAGCAAUGGCAGAUUAUUAAAUGAAUUCAAGGGACAUAAACAUUGCGAAUAUAAAAUUGAGUCAGUUUUAUCUAACACAGAUGCAUAUGCCAUUACAGGAUCUGAGGAUGGAAAAAUAUAUAUUUAUGAUGUAUUAGAAGGAAAUAUUGUAUCGACUCUAGAUAAUGAAGGCGUGACAACUACAUUAGAUUAUCAUCCAGAAAAUGUAAAUAUGAUGUCAGCUGGAUCCAAUGGUUUAAUUCACAUUUGGACUUAACCCAUUAUUUAUUUUUAUUUUUAUUUUUAUUUUUUUUUUGUUUUUAUUUCAUUUUUCAUCUUCUGUUAAUACUGAUUUUGG